AUGAUUAAACUGGUUGUGCAGCAACCUUCACCGGGAACCUUGAAUUCUACAGGCACACUAAACCCUGGUGAACAACACACCCAAUUCGUCGACUGGGCCACGUCCAAUGGUGUUGAAAUCAAUGGAAUCGCUCCAGCACGCUUCCGCGGCCGAGGAAUGGGUAUCGUAGCUGCAAAAGACAUCAAAAAAGGAGACAAGCUAGUCCACGUCUCCAAUAAAUCACUCGUCCACGUCGCCCUCCCCUCCAUCCACAACUUCAAACUCCCAGAUAAUGCCACCGUGCACGGGAAACUCGCUGCAUCCUUAUGCCUAUGGUACAGCGGCCAGGAACCACACUCCUACUACCUGUGGCAAGACGUCUGGCCUACGCAACAAGAUUUCAAAACCACUAUGCCAAUUCACUACCCGUCUUCCCUCCAGUCCCUUCUGCCACCCGCCUGCAAAACGCUCCUCUCAAAACAGCGUUCAAACCUAGAAAAAGACUGGACAACCCAUUCCCCCCAUCUCCCUUCAUCCAUCACCAAAUCCCUCUACACCUACACCUGGCUGAUAGUCAAUACCCGAACCUUCUACUGGGAAUACCCCGACCUACCCAACGCACACCCCCGCUUACCCAAGCGGCGUGCGAAAUUGACCGCAGAUGAUUGCUACUGCAUGUGUCCGUUUAUCGACUACUUCAACCACUCCGACAACGGAUGUCAUCCCCAACACGAUAGUCAUGGUUACUCCGUAACUGCCGACCGAUCAUACUCUGCUGGCGAAGAAGUAUUCGUCACAUACGGACCCCACACAAACGACUUCCUCCUCGUAGAAUACGGAUUCAUUCUCAACGAGAACGUCCAUGACUCCUUACCCCUGGAUCCCAUCUUACUCCCUUUGCUGGACAAACAGCAAGCGGAUGCGCUGAAAGAAGAUGGGUUCUACGGUAACUACACGUUGUUUGGUGCAGGGAAAGAGGAGACUGUGUGUUACAGGACACAGGCUGUGCUUAGGCUGUUGGUCCUGGAUUCGAGGAGGUAUUCGGCGUUUGUGUCUGGGGAUGAUGAUGGGGCGAGGGAUCAAGCAAGAUUGAACAAGUAUCUAGCGGACGAGUUGACCAAAUAUUCGAGGGAGAUAGUGGACACGUUGGAGGAGGUUGGGGAUCUGGAUUUGGGCGGAGAAGACGAGCAUGAGCUUGUGGAAGGUCAUAGGGAGACUUUGGUGAAGAGGUGGAAACAAAUCCGGAGUAUCGUAAACAAGGCUAUCGAAGCACUUGCAUCGUGA